UUUACCGGUCGAGUCAAUUCGUCAUGGGCAACAAGGCCUCGAGCGGCGAAGGAAAGCACCGCCGCAACCGCACCGUUGGCGUCCCACAACCUACCACUCCUCCACGUCAAGGUUCCCCUCCUGGCACGCCCCCGCACGUCUCUGGCCGAGGUAGUGAGCGUGGAAUCGUGCAGGUGCAACCUGCGGCGGCAAAACCCCUCCCUCCUCCAGUGCCGGUUGUGACAAAAGCUCCCGCUGUGCAAGCUCCUUUGAGCAAGGACAACAUCACAGGUAACAUUGGCGAUGUGUUUGCCGUGUACAACGUGGAAAAGAAAGAAUUGGGCCACGGACACUACGGGACCGUCCGCAUCGGCACGCAUAAAAUUACAGGGACCAAAGUCGCCAUCAAGACUAUUCCCAAAGUGAAAGUGAGCCGCCCGGAAACUCUGCGCCGUGAAAUUGAAAUCCUCCGCACCGUCGACCACCCGAACAUCAUCAAACUGUUCGAAGUUUUUGAAGACACUCGCCAUUUGCAUCUUGUUACGGAACUCUGCACGGGGGGAGAAUUGUUCGACCGCAUUAUCGCUCGCGGUCAUUACACGGAAGCCGACGCUGCCAAGUUGGUGCGCAAGAUCUUGGACGCUGUCAAGCAUUGCCACGACCGCGAAAUUUGCCACCGCGACUUGAAGCCCGAGAACUUUCUGUUCGCCACCAAGGACGAAGCCGCCGAGUUGAAGGUCAUCGACUUUGGUUUGUCGCGAACGGAUGUUGGCGGCUCCGGCGACUCGUUCAUGACGACCCGCGUCGGCACGCCUUACUACAUUGCUCCAGAAGUGCUGGGCCGCCACUACGACAAGUCGUGCGAUCUGUGGAGCAUUGGAGUCAUCACGUACAUCUUGUUGUGCGGGUACCCCCCGUUUUACGGGGACAGCGACCCCGAGAUCUUCCAGUCGGUUCGUGCAGGCAAGUACUCGUACGACACACCGGAAUGGGUCGGCGUCAGUGCGGAAGCCAAGGAUCUGAUUGACCACCUUCUUUUGCUCAACCCGUCCAAGCGUUUGACCGCCGCGGAGGCGCUGCAACACCCGUGGCUCUCUGGGUCGGCGCCCGCGACCGAACGCGGCCUCAACGGCACGAUUUUGGGCAGCCUCAAGCGUUUCCAAGGCCACAACAAGCUCAAGAAGGUGGCGCUGGCCGUGAUUGCCGACCAGCUGACUGGCCAAGAAAUCAACGAGCUCAAGAAACAAUUCCAAAAGAUCGACGUGGACGGAAACGGCGUCAUUACGAUGCAAGAACUGGCGGCGGCCGUGCGAGACAUGGGCCAAGAUGUCCUCGAAAACGAAGUGUUGACGCUGCUGCAAGGCAUUGACAUUGACGGAGACGGCAACUUGGACUACCAAGAGUUUUUGGCCGCCACCGUCAAGCGCAACACGUUCAACAAGCAAGAAUAUCUCGCGCAAGCAUUCAAUUACUUUGACACAAAGAAGCAAGGCGUGAUCACCAAGGACGACUUGAUUCGAUUCAUGGGGUCGGAAGAGCAUGCGCAGGAAGUCAUGGACGAGAUCGACACAAACGGCGACGGCAAAAUCAGCUUUGAAGAGUUUUGUGUCAUGAUGCGGCAAAAGGGGAUUGGGGAAGACGGCACGCCCCGCGGCGACCACGCGGGCCAUGGAUUUGGCGCCGACGAUGCCGCAUCCUCCGUCACCAAGACCACCGAGCUUUAAUAACUCUUUUUGGACGUGUUCCUUUCAUGGAGACUGACGAGCACCAGCCAUUCUACUUCCUUUGAUUCAACGACAAAAAAUGUGGAAAACGUGUUAAUUGUUGGCCUUGUUGCGCCGAUUGAUGCGGUCGUGCCGUCGUUCGGCCAUCAGCUUGUCGGACCGGCGCAGCGCGUCCGCCUCAAACUGCCGCGUGUCCCCGAUCUCUCUGAUCGCACUUCGCUCGAUCGUCAUGGCUGCCUCCAGCUCGGCGCUCCGGUUUUCGUAGUGCGCAGUCAUCAACCGAUUGAACUUUUUGUCUACGACCGGCUCGAACCCACCAAACACGACUCGCCCGACGGCCUUGCUGUCUUUCUUGGCAAGUGCACUCCGCGCCACUUUGUUGUCCCUUCGGCUUGAUGCAAUUGGAGCGUUCCCCGGGUCGAUCGAAGCGACGGCAGCUGUCGCCUUGGCUUUGUCCAGUCGCUGGUACAGGCUGGGGGGAGGUCGGCGAUGAAAUGGUUGGGAUCGCAGGUCGAGCGCCCCCAUGGCUUCUGUGAGGCCCGUGUUGCUGGCACGCGUGUUGGAAUCGUUCCACGGUUCAUGGUCCAGAAGCACCUUUGCCGACCAGUGGACGACCCCAGUGCUGUCUCGGCCCAUUUCAGGCGACACGAGCAAGAGUCGGAGCUGCGGUAAUCGAACGGAUGCGGUGGAAAAGUCGCACGAUACAUGGACUUGCACUUCUUGUAAGGGCGCAAAGGUUGCGAUCGCCGUGUGGCCGUCGGGCGCGACGAUGCGCAAGCAGUCCGAUGAGAGCGCGAGGGACGCAUUCGGCAGCACAGCCAUGUCGCCCAACGAUGCAAACGCG